CAGAGCAAUAGAUACCUGGUCGGUUCUCGGCCGUGUUGGCUUCCCUAUCCCGGUUUUAGGGUAAACGUAUCCCCGAUUUUCAGACAUUUUAGGGCGGAGCUUGUCAGAAGUUGUGAAGUGGUAAAAAUGAAACAGCGCCAUCUAGUGAUAAGACGUUGACUUUCAAAUAAUACUUUUGGCCUCCAUUUUUGUGUAAUAUGUGAAUACGGCGGCCAUCAUCGUGUAUUACGUGAAUGAAGCCUAACCAUAAUUUCUGUAAAAAUGGUUGGCAGGUGUGCUGUUCCUGGUUGUAAAACAACAUAUUACAAAGGAAAUCAAAAAGAAAAUGAUGUUACUUUGUUUGCAGUUCCUAAAACUUCAUUAUCAAAAUGGCAAGAACUAAUUCCAUGUAGCAAUUUGACGAGCACCUCACGUAUUUGCUCCCGUCAUUUUGACGAAAGUGACUUUAAAUCAGGGAUUGAAAUUUUGAACGUGUUCCAUCCUUUCAAACGUAGGAAUCUUAAUGCUGGAGCAAUUCCCAAACAUUUUCUGAUAAAUGAUACAUCUAGUCGACAAGCAAUGCAAAAUGUUGGUGGAUUUCAAUGGAGAAAUAACCUUAAUGUGGAAGCAAAUGCUAGCAAUGCAUCAGUAAGGAAACGACCAAAAGUAGACAAAAUACCUACUACGUCAAAGAGAAAGAAAUUUGACAGUACAGCACACUCCAUGGAAGUUACCUCUACUAUUCAAGAAACAAUCGACAUUCACCAGGCUGCUGAAGAAGCCAUUUUUGAUCCACUUCCUGAUGUAAUGAACGAAAACGUUGCUGUCGCUGUCGAAGAUUCGACAGUUGCACCUUCUAUGGACGCUACCUCUACUAUUCAAGAAACAAUCGACAUUCACCAGGCUGCUGAAGAAGCCAUUUUUUAUCCACUUCCUGAUGUAAUGAACGAAAACGUUGCUGUCGCUGUCGAAGAUUCGACAGUUGCACCUUCUAUGGACGCUACCUCUACUAUUCUAGAAACAAUCGACAUUCAACAGGCAGCUGAAGAAGCCAUUUUUGAUCCACUUCCUGAUGUAAUGAACGAAAACGUUGCUGUCGCUGUCGAAGAUUCGACAGUUGCACCUUCUAUGGACGCUACCUCUACUAUUCAAGAAACAAUCGACAUUCACCAGGCUGCUGAAGAAGCCAUUUUUUAUCCACUUCCUGAUGUAAUGAACGAAAACGUUGCUGUCGCUGUCGAAGAUUCGACAGUUGCACCUUCUAUGGAAGCAAGCUCUACUAAUUUCAAGUCUAAUUUUGUGACAUUUCAGUCACUAGUGACUUUAUCAAUGGUACCAAAGAAUUGGAUAUGGUCUUUUGAUGAUAUCAAACAAAUGAUUUAUUGCAUGUCGAUGGAUCAACUACCAAAUGGAAAUCUUAACAUAAAAAGUGUACGGUUUCAAAACAAACAAGAAGUAAUGUAUUAUGUCAACGGAACCAUCAUUCCAUCAACCACUACUGCUUUGUCAAACCAUUUCACAACAAUUGAAGAUAUUUCGCAAUUGAUAAAGGAUUUCAACGAUCGAAAAAUUUGUUCUGGCAUUCCUCAAGAAAGGUUCAGAAAUGUUAAUUUGUCAUCUCGUCUUUCUGCUACAUUGGACAAAGCUGGCGUGUUAAGAUCGAAAUAUUGCAGAACCAUUUCAGAAAAGAACAGACUGUGCGUUAAAUGUCUUUUUUUGAAGAAAUACCUGUAUAAAAGGUCAAGUAAAAUUGAAGUAAAAAUACCAAUUUCAAAGGAGAAAAAGAAGAAAUCUAAGUUAGCUGAGAAACAAAAGAAACUAGAUAACAGUCUGAAACAAGUUAAAGUUCUGAAAGGAAAACAAAGGGAUGCCUGUAAGCUGAUUAAAGAUCUACGCAAAGAAUGCCAAAUCAUGGUUCAAAAAGAAAAAACAAAUGGACUAGAUUAUCAGCUAAGACAUCUUUCAGAAACGGAAAAAGUGGUUGUUAAGAUGUUUAUUGCCAAGGCCAAAAUUGAUCCAGAACGUAACAGACACCGAAAGACUAUGAGAUAUGACCAUUCCUUUCUAAUUCAGUGCGUCAUCCUAAGGAUGAAAAGUUAUUCAGCAUAUGUGCACAUACGGAAAAUUGGACUUCUACCUCUUCCUAGUCAGUCAACGAUGAGAAGGAUGUUAAGUUCUUCCGAGUGUCAGUUUGGAUUUAAUUCGCUUGCGCUCGAGCAGAUAUCCGAUGCGUUCAAAGGAUUACUGGCAUGGCAGCGCUGGGGAGUUAUAAUGUGGGACGAAAUAUCAAUAACCAAGGACAUGAGAUGGGACAGUAAAGGUCUGAAGUGGAAAGGCAUAGUAGACUUUGCAGGUGAAGUUUCCAUUAUGGUCCCAAAUGGUUUGGCAGACCAUGUCCUAGUGUUUGUGUUCAGACCAUUUUAUAAAGGCUGGAUUCAACCGUUUGCGUGGUUUGGAACAAAGGGUGGAGCAUCUGGUACAGUUUUGCUAGAACUAGUUACGAAAAGCAUUGCGCGUCUGUUUCAAGCUGGAGCUAUAACGAAAGCAAGCGUAUGUGAUGGGUUUUCCACAAACAAAACGGUGUAUUCCCAUUUUGGUGUUUCUGGAACGGAAGAUGGAGUUAAUUCCAUGUUACACCCUAUGGAUCCUUCAGUGAAAAUUCAUUGCCUCCACGAUGUUCCUCAUUUGUUGAAAUGCACAAGAAACCAUAUGCUUGAACAUAAAUUAGUUCAGUUCCAGGGACACAACGUAAAUUUUUAUUCGUAUGAACAUCUACUGGAAGCCCAGAAAGGUUUGCAAUUGAUGUUAUGCUGCCGAUUAACUGAAGCGCACGUAAAACCAAACAAUUUUCAAAAAAUGAACGUCAGACUAGCUGCUCAAACAUUUUCGGAACGAAAUGCUCUUGCUUUUAAAAUCUACCGUGAAAUGCCAGCCUUUACUGCAAAUGAAAAACGGCUGAAAAAGUUGUUUGAAGGUACUGAACACAUUGAGCGGCUUACAAAGACUGUGAAUGACAAUUUUGACGUACUCAACGGUAGACAUAUCAAAGAAGGAAUCACUCCCAAUAACUGGUGGAUAAAUGCACAUGAUGAAAAAGUGAAAGGCAGGAAACAAAUACUUGAAGCCAUGUUAGCAGUUCUAGCAGUAACUGAGAGGAUUUAUGAAAAGGACAAAAACCGAAAAAUGUUUUGUUCCUUGACAACCGUACAUGGAUGGAGAAUGACUAUAAGAAGCGUUAUUGCGUUAACUGAAGAAAUGUUUAACGCAGGCUAUACAGUAGUCCUCACUGGAAAAAUGAAUCAAGAUCCAGUAGAGAGACUGUUCGGCAUUGUACGUGGUGUUGAUGCUCAUCCCACGGUGACUUCUUUUCAACAAAUCAUUCGCUAUGUGUCUCUUGGAGCAAGAUUAUCCACGAUUAUACAAGGAGCAAACGUUGACAAUGUUGAGCAGAUGAACAUCCUAGUAACAAUGUCAAAAUGCCUUAAACGUCAAGCCAAGGAAAGUGACAUUCGAGCUUCCGACCUGAGAUCAGUAUUAGAAGAUAAACUACUGAAGGAAAUAACAAUUCGGUUUGUUGAUAAAAUUAACGAACCAGCGAAUUCUAAUUUCGUCAAAGAUAUUUUGAUUUAUGAUUUGUGUGGUUAUAUGAUUCACACAAGGAAGAGUAUGUCAAAAUGUCCUGACUGUUACAAAUCCCUUCGCUGCGAGGAACUGGAGUUGCCAGAAGACUUCACUGCAGAUCAUUAUACUCGAAUGCGCAAUAAGGGGUUUUUGAUCUUUGUCACUGUAAAUAUGUUCCAAACAUUCAGAGUGAUAGAAAAGGUAAUUGAGGGUCAUUUUGAGCCAAUUGGCCAAAUGUAUGAAGAGGAGUCAUUUCAAGAGUGCAUGGAGAAAAUUUCAACUUGUCAUUUGGUUCCCAUUUUUUGUGACAUUCAUCGAGAUGAAAAGUUACCUUACCUCAUAAGAGAAUAUGUGGGAGUUAGAUAUUAUUUUGAAUCAAAAAGACUAAAAAAUCUUUUGUUAGCUGAAGCUUCAGCAAAUGUAAAAAAAAACAAAAAAUUAGCAAAACUUGCGUAGGUACCUCUGUAUUUAUGAAACAUUGUAUGCAAGAAAAUGAUUCGUUUUAAUAAAUACCCAUUUGUAACUACACUAGAAUAAAAUUCAAAGUAACUGAAAACUAAACAUACCAUGUCAUUACAUAUUUUUUUUACACAAACAAACAAUAAAAUGUAAGAAUGUGAGAACACUUAGAAAAAUAGGACACUUAUAUAUGACUUAGAGGUUUGACAGUUGGA